CAAAAAAAAAAAGUCCAAAUAAAACCAAACAGAAAGUUCCCAAAAAUACGCUAGCUUUUGUGUUGCGUGGCUUCAAACUCGUGAUUCGCAGUUACUCACUCAUUCGUACUUCAACAAUUCACUUCUCGACAACCUUGACCCUAACGAAACUGUACUUCGUACCCUGAUUUGGAAAUAGCGAAAUGAAAUUCGGAUACACAUUCAAAGAGUACCUGCAGGUGGAGCGGGAGUGGCUAUUGGAUGAGAAUUGUGCACAUAUUGAAUAUAACAGGUUGAAAAAUGUUUUGAAAAGUUGUCAAAAUUGCAAAGACAAUAAUAAUACUUCUUCUCAUGAUAAAGACCAGUUAUGUCAAUGUCAAUCUUGCCCAGUAUGCGACCAGAAGUUCUUCUCCGAGUUGAUGAAAGAAGCAUCAGAUAUUGCAGGAUACUUUAGUUCAAAAGUUCAACAUCUCCUUCAUCUUCACAUUGCAAAAGGACUACAGAGAUAUGUAUUGCGCAUGCGCCAGUGUUUUAAAAAUGACAGGGAAGCCCUUGCCCAAGAAGGGAGAAUUCUAAUCGAGUACAUUACCAUGAAUGCAAUUGCGAUGAGGAAAAUACUUAAGAAAUAUGAUAAAGUACACAGUUCUGUGAAUGGGGAGAAUUUCAAAUCUAAGAUGCAGUCUGAGCAUAUUGAACUUUUACACUCACCUUGGCUGGUUGAAUUGGGUGCUUUUUACCUGAAUUCAAGUGGACAAGAUGGUUGCGAGCUUGAUGGAGUCCGUGGUCACUUUUCAUGUGAUUUAAAUGUAACGGAUGCUGUAAUGACAUUGAUUCUUCCAGAUUCUAUUAAACUUGAGUAUGAUCUAAAUUGUGCAAUUUGCCUGGAUUUUGUUUUCAAUCCAUAUGCAUUGAGUUGUGGCCACUUCUUCUGCAAAUCAUGUGCUUGCUCAGCUGCAUCUGUGAUGACUUUCCAGGGCCUUAAAGCUGCAAGUCCAGAGUCAAAGUGUCCUAUAUGCAGAGAGGGUGGAGUUUAUUCCAAGGCAGUCCGAAUGUUAGAACUCGAUCUGCUUAUGAAAAGAAGGUGCAAAGAUUACUGGAAAGAAAGGCUAGCUAGGGAAAGAGUUGAUCAAUUGAAGCAGUCAAGGGAAUUUUGGAAUAUGCAAUCCACAUAUACAGUGGGAUUGCUGUAGGUUUUGUUGUUAUGAUUUGUCGGUUGAAACAUUUUUGUAGGAGUGUAGCAGAUAGAAAAUGGUUUUUGAUCAAUGAGAGAAACGGAAAUAAAAACGGGAACUUAGGGAAGUUAGUGGCACCCUCAACGGUCACUCUUUGAGGUAGAGUUCGAUUCGAUUGUUCUAUAGACAGUCAAUUUUUUUUAAAUUUUUUUUCUCUCUCUCUCGGAUGUUAUUGAAUAAUUGUUAUUCUUUUCAUAUUUAUUUAAACUUCUAAACUUUUAUUUGAACAA